UUUUCCCCUGAAGCGUAUUUCUGCCGCUGUCUGAUGCUUCUUCCUUUUCAAAUGUAAACAAUAGGUGUAUAUUUUGAAGAUAAUUUGAAACAGCGUCUCACUGUUUCACGUUUAUAUACUUGAACAGAUGAGUAUGUGACUGAGAAACAAAUCACACAGUUCAACAUUUCUGACUGGGUGUGUGUAGGAAUUACAAAACCGAUCACAGAGCAGAUCACUGAACAUCUCUGAACAAGAACAACCUGUUGACUCAAUGCCCAAAAUGGUUUCUGGAGUUGUACGCGUUGUCCUUUUCUCGAUCCUUGGUAUAGGAGGAUUUCUGACGCUGUUUGUAAUGUACUAUCAAUCAACUCCAUCUCAGAUCUGCCCUCCCCAACCUGCUUUGCCACGUCAUUACUCAAAGCCACCUGAGAACAGCUCCUUGUCUAAGAAGCAGCCAGAGCCAGACAAGCCCAUCAUGCUGUUGUGGUUCUGGCCUGAAAACCGCAGGUUUGAUUUUAGAGAUUGCACCACUUUCUUCAACAUUGAUGGCUGCCAACUGACAGAUGACCGGUCUCUGUACAACAAGGCAGAUGGGGUGCUCAUCUUUCACAAAUCCAUCAAACAUGAUUUAUCCAACUUGCCUCCAUCACCUCGACCACCAUUCCAGAAGUGGAUCUGGUAUCAUGUGGAAUCACCUACAAACACAAUUAGAAUACCUGGUCUAGAGAACCUUUUCAACUUGACCUUGAGUUAUAGGGAAGAUGCAGACAUCCCUGUACGUUGGCGCUUAACUGCAAGGAAAGGCCAGGGUGAGGACUUUGUGCUGCCCAAGAAGGAUAAAUUAGUUUGCUGGAUUGUGAGUAACAAUAACCCUGCAACUGGAACAGCAGUAAGGGAUAACUAUUACAGAGAACUUGUCAAACAUAUUAAGGUGGAUGUCUUUGGAAAAGCCUUUGCAAGAUUCUUGAGAUAUGAGGACUACUACUCAACACUCUCCAGCUGUAAGUUCUACCUCUCCUUUGAGAACUCAGUCCACAGAGACUACAUCACUGAGAAGCUUAACGGACCACUUGCAGCAGGAACUGUGCCAGUAGUUUUGGGCCCACCGAGACAGAACUAUGAGGACUUUGUCCCGGGAGAUUCCUUCAUCCAUGUUAAUGACUUUCCCAAUGCAAAAGCCCUGGCUGAAUUCCUCCUGAAGUUGGACAAGGAUGAUGAGGCAUAUCUGCGCUACUUUCAGUGGCGUAGAAACUUAUUUGCUCAGCAACAUCUAAUUCAACUGAGUCAAGAGUUCAUCCAAUCUAUUUGUUAUGCCUGUGACCAUAUAGGCAAACAUAAGGAGUACAGGGUUGUUCACGAUCUUUACAAAUGGUAUUUGGUUUAAUUAGUCCCUUCUGAUGAGCUAUUACCAUCACUGGUGUAGUCCCCCCCCCCCCCAGAUAUGAAUAUGAACAGGUCAUAAACCAUGACUAACAAUGUUUAGAAUUACAGGAAAUUAGCUGUAAAACUGCAAAGUUCUCACUCAGCCUUAUGGCAAAGUGUGUAAAAAAGCACAAAAUGUGCUUGAAAAAUGUACAAUUCUCUAGCACGAGAUCACCUAUUAAACUUCACAUGUUUUUGAGAAACUGCGGUAGGCCACUGAUUAUCAUCAUAUUGUCUGUAUGCUCUUUUUCUUGAGGAAAUCUAUUUGUGGAUUGUACUACUCUGCUGUACAGACCCAAGUGCAUUCAGCCUCAUUGCGAUACAUUGAGUUUCGUUGUAGGUCUAUUUAGCGGGGAAACAGUGAAUCCAGCUGUAGCCUAUUGCCUGUUUCUGUUCAUUAGUCUUUUUUUAAGUAAAUUGAAAACAAAGCUGUCUAUUUCUUGCUUUUCAUUCAAUCGUAUGGCUGUUACUUAGGCUUUGGUCUAAAAUAAAUUCGUUUAGAAGGGCAGAUUUGAAGGCUUCUAUGUUGUAUUACAGGCUAACGAGUUUGUGAAAAUAAACCGUUCCUAUGGAAAUAUUCGGACCUGGCAAAAGGCCAACAUUUUUUUCGUUUCAAAUAAAAAAUAUAUACUCACAUGAUAAUAGAAAUGGAAACAUUGUGAUUUUAUAGACACAAAUUAUGAAAGCGAUGGAGUCCGUCGGUUACUACGCUCUCACCAUCAUCAAUAUCAUUAUUUACACUUUUGAAAUUCACCAUUUUUUUAAAUUUAUAAAUACACAAAUGAAAACAUUGCGGUAUGUGUAAAGAGACAGUAAAAUAUUAUAUUUCUCAGACGUCAUACAUGUGUCAAAUCAUUCCUGCACCAACAUUGUUAGAGAUGGAUGUGAUUGGUACAUCUCUUCCUCUUCAAAUGCAUUAUGUGUGUAGGUUUGAGUGAGAGGCAAGAGGGAAAAUAGAGAAGGGAGGUAGGUGUCUGAUGAAUCAGGAAUCAAGGGUUUUGCACCAAAUAUCAACAUUUAAAGAGGUUUAUAUUCUGCUUGUAUAGUUGCAUCUGUGCCUCGGACUUAGUCUGGCUUUAAAUGUCUUCAAAUUAACAUUUGAUAUGUUGGAUUCACGACUACAUCUCAACGAAAAAUGAAAGACUAGGGAUAAAUCAAAUAUACUUUAUUUCAAGUUGGAUUUGAUUUAGUUAUAUUAUUGAACUUGAUUUUCCUCUUCAAUUGUUUAUAUUUGGUUGCAUUGACAACCAAUCACAAUUCAAUAUAAUUUUUGAAAUACAUAAAUAGCCUAUUAACUUGACCAUGUGUUGGAUUAACGUCUCCAAUUGAACCAAAAAUAAAAGUUAAAGAAUGGGAUUAAGCCAGUGGCUCAGAUGGAUCUAUCCAAGCAGUAGAUACUGUACAUCUCCUUUAAAAUGUUGAUUUUUGUUUACGUUGUCAAGUAAACAAAAUGCUAUAUUACUUUUGUAAUCCAGUAAAUAGCCUAAAGUUAAGGCUGUUUUACAAACUAAUGUAACAUUCAACCUUACAGUGAGGAAGACAUCCAUAGUCACAUUGAGGUUUCCCGGAACUAUACAUUAUAGAGUAAUAACGCAUACAUCUGUUUUAUAAAUCAACACAUUAUCUGGCAUUGUUUUUCCAUUUAAACUUUUAAAUGGUUGUCUUUUUGAGUGGGUGAAUAAAUCUUGUAAUCUCAUUGAUCAACAUCACUCUCAACCAAAUAUUACCCAAUUAUCCAGGUGGAAAUGACGUGGUGUGCCCAGUGAGUAGAACCUGAAAGCAUUGUGGAUUUGUUUGCUAAUCCUGCUCUUCAUAGUUCAGUGAAAAUGCCAAUGUUUACAAAUAACUUUCCUGACCUCAUUCGACAUGUAAACAAAGAGUUCCUGGUUUAUAUUAUAUUGUACGCUAAUUAGUAAUGAGUACCGAUAUAUAAAAUCGACUGUAUAUCGAUAUUAGUUCAAUUUUUUCGAUGGACCUAAAAUGAGUAAAAUGAGGCUCUAUAUCGUGUUAUAAAAUAUGCGAAUGCGUGAAUGUUCCCUUUUCUGAUAACUUCCAUGUCUCCUUAAAGUCGAGACAGCUAUGAUUAUCCAUCAUCUCUCUAUGUGUAGGGUACAAUAUGCAGCUUCAGCAUAUGGCGCGUGGAGAGAGGAAUUAUUCUUUAUUUUAUUUUGUAUUUUAUUAUUGGCUGUUGCGAAAGCAGCAGCUACUCUUCCUGGGGUCCACACAAAACACAAAACAUGACAGAACUUUAAUAGACAAGGUCAGCUCAAGGACAGAAAUACAUACAUUUAAAAACGGAACUCAUAGCCUUCACAUUGUUUUACAAUUUAAUCUCCCGAUCACAACUGGUCGCUAUCAAAGUCCAAAUAGGGCGGCACACAAUUGGCCCAGCGUCGUCCGGGUUAGGGGAGGGUUUGGCCGGGUAGGUAAAUUGUAAAAUAUUAAUUUGUUCUUAACG